UUGUACUUAUUGUCAUGCGAAGAUUUCAUAUUUAAAUGUUAAAAUCUGACAAAUAUUAACUGCACUGUGCGAGUUUAAACAUUUCCCCAAUAAUUUUUUUUGUGGACUUUUAGUUACAUUUUUUGAAAUUAGGAAUCACUGUGCGGCGUGUGCGGCUUUCGCGCCACUAAACGCUAGGGAUUUUCUAGUGAAUCUAAUCCACAAUUAAAUUAUAAUAUUGGCGGUAACAAUGUUUUUAUGUUGGUAUUAAUGGGCCCAGUUGGUGGCAGUUGAAACAUAAAUUGUUCAUCUGUCAACAUUUUUAAAUAAUUCAAAAUUAAAUUAAAUAAUAAUUAUGUACAUUUAAUUAAUUCGUCAAAUAAAUUUCUAUAUACAUAAUUUACUAUCAACAAUACAAAUAUUUUACGAUAUGUUAUGAUAAUUAAUAAAAAUGAAUGUUUCUUCUAUAUGUGAUUUUACAUAGGAGGAUGAUUUCAUGCAGUAGUUCUGUUGUUUGUUAGUGAAGUAUUACAGAAUUAAGAAGAAAAUAAUUUGAAACGAGAAAAUCUUAUCGUAUUGAGUCGUAGUCGUCUGAGACAGAUCAAACAACCUUUCAUCGAUAUUUUAAUUGCGAUUCGAUUUGAAAGGUUAAGCAGCAUCUUAGAGUGUUGUUUAUUUAACAAACGUUCUUGUAAUAGCUUGAUGUUUCCGUACAAUUAAACAAUAUUAGAAAGGCUUUAUUUACGAAGUCAUGGAUUGUCUUGACGACGACGCGCUUGAGUUUAGUGAUAAAGAGGAAGAUUCCAUUUUUAAUCCUUCAUCCUCUAACAUAUGUAACCCCAUAGAAGAAUAUCUUAAACAACAAUUAAGUUCUUUACAGAACAGGGUAGAUAAAACGAAUAAUGAACUGGAAGAAAUAAAGGACGAAAUUAAAAAUAUUUCUAAUAGUUUACUUUUCAAACUUGUCCAUGGCCAUGAUAAAGAUUCUGAUUCAGAUAGCGAAAUGUACACAAUCGAAGGAGAACCAGUGAUUAAAACGAACUUUAAUUAUAACAAACCCAGCAAUUUCUUGGUACUGAAAGACCAGUGGCAAUACGUUCUUCUAGAUAAAUGGAUAAUAGGUGCAGUCUUACAGAAUGUAUCAUUUCAAAUAUUACGUGAGCUUAAAUUUUAUGCCUUCCCAAAAGGCAUCAACGAAAUUCAUGGUGUUGUAUCAGCUUUCUGGCAAGAGGAUGGUAAUCUUUGGAAAAAGAUUGACGUGAUCCCAUCGAGGAAAGGCAACAUUGUAGCCACGCUUGUUCUCGAUCCCAUAGAUUUUCAUGAAAAUUCUGUCGUAGAAAUAUACAGCACGAUUUCAUACGAAAAUUUGGAUACGGAAUUGCAGCUAGCUAUACCGAUCAUUACUUUCUAUUCUCGCGAUAUUUUACGUGGAAUGUAUGAUAUGAAUUUGUCCCAGCAACCGAUGUACAGCGUGUUAGCAUUGAAAAGUAUCUUCCUUGAAGUUACUAUAGAUCUUCCAUUUGAAUUAGAUUCCGAUAGGUUCGUUCGUCUUUUGCAGUGUCUCGAUGCUAAAAAAAUCUUGACCAAUAUUUAUACCAUCGAAAAAAUCGAAUGUUACGCUAUGAUCGAAACUUUAUCGAAUAAUAAGAUAAAUAUAAUGGCAAGAACAAUGUCUCAUUUGAAAUUAAUCCUAAAUAUAAUACAAGAAGAAGCCUCGAUUCCUAUUACGAGACUCGAGGAAUAUAGGUGUGCCGAAGCAGCAGAAGCUUUGAUAGAAGAGUUGGAAACAUAUCUCGGUGGUCUCAAUUUCUCGAGAAUGCAAAGGGCAAGGAUAAAGAGUGACCUGUUAAUACCAUGAUCUCGUAUAUGAACGAUAUAACGUAUUCAAUCAUACGAAUUGUACGAAUCCAAGGUUCUAUGUAAUCAACAAUCACCUGUAAUGUUUAAAACAAAACAAAAAAAAGAAGCAUUCUUAUAAAAAGAUCUUUUAUUCUUGUAAUAAAUUAAAAGAACACGAGGAAAGAAAUAAAUAAAAUCGUUCAUCAUUAGGAUCAUCGUGGAAAAAUGGGAAUUUGUGUAUAAAACUUCGAAAAAGAAUUAACAAUCUUUCAAGAAUUUCGAUUUUAUUUUUGCAAACUUUACUUUACGUACGCAUUCAAUUACGUACGCAUUGACGUUAUGUAUGCGUGUAACGUGUAUGUGACACGUUUAUAACCGCAUUUGUCACGGUUAAACGUACGUCAAAUUUUCUUCGAGCCGGAUAUGAUGCUGAACACCAAUGCGCUCGUCGGUCGAUGAAUGAUCGUCGACAGCAAUCGAGAUGCUGCUAGUUUGUUUUUUUUUGUUUUUUUUUUUUUUUUGGUUUCUUUUGAAAAUAUAAUCGAUAGAAGCCAACUAAAAGGUUUGAUAUCGUAAUAUUUUUUCUUUUUUUUGUUUUUUACCGUAGCAAGAUGACGAGUGUUAUAUAUCAUACG